CCGAAUCUCGUGAUGGCAGAGCAUAAGGAAAGCGAGGAUUUAUCAACAUCGGCAUCUGCGGUAUCAUCUGUGGCAUCAUUACCGCCAAUACCCAAAAGACAUGCAUUGAUCACAGGGCCUCCUGGGAUAGGGAAAAGUACAAUAGUGAGAGCAGUGUGUCAGAGACUGAAGGAGGAGAUAGGAUCCACUGUGGGUGUACGUGGUAUCUUUCGAGUGGAAGUGCGAGGUGCAGGGGAUGUUUUUAGUGGUUGGUGCGGUCCUCAUAUUGGCUUUGAUGCGGUCACACUGGACGGGAAGAAGAGAGGAACUCUAGCCAGAAUAGGAACGUUAGUGCAAAUGGGUGCAUGUGUUGCAUUUCAUUGUGCAUGUAUAGUUAACUGUAGUUUUUCUUCUAGCGCUCUUGAGAGCCGCAAACUGUGUCCAGUGAAUCCAGGGACAAUAGACGACCUACCGUUGUUUGGUGUUAUCUUCUCUGACAGAUAUUCUAUUGAUCUGGCAUCAUUUGAGGAAGUGUCUAGACACGCUCUCCGGCUGUUAGAUGAUGACGAUGAAAUGGUGUAUGCUGUUGAUGGGCUUGCUAAAAUGGAGUUAUACAGCCGUAUAUUUAUGGACAGGGUCGAGCAUUUGUUUGAAAUGUGCAUUCGAAGAAAUAUUUCCAUGGUGGUAGUCAUUUCUGAAGUAGAAGUUCAGCAGAAAUCUCAUCGGGUGGUUUAUGAACUGUUGGGAAGAAGUGACUGUAAACUAUUCGAGGCCAAUGAGGGAAAUCGAGAUGCACUAGUGACAAUAGUGACAGAGUUCAUAAAAACUGGUCGCGCAUGAAUUCUCUAAAAGAACAAAUUUGACAACUAGACUCGUAAUUGUACAAGGACUCCAAACUCCAAAUCACCAUGAUCCAAUCACUAUGUCAGAUUCACAAUGACAUCAUGCAUGUAAUCACCAAAAUUAUACAUGUGAAAAGUGACUCCAAUCCACCAUUAUGAUUUUUAUCACUAAUACUGACUGUUCUCUGAUACAAUGUCAAACUUGUAUGUAGCUAAAUGCUAUAGACUGCAUGCACAAUAAUUAUGCACACAGUGCAUAAUCGA